AUAGUAUCAUGGAUUCAAAAGUCACUUUGACAACAUUCAAAAUGUCAUUUACAAAACUUAUUGUGAAGCAUUUUUCUUACAAUAAUUAUAAGAAUUUUAGGUUUCAUUUAAAGAAUUGCCCCAGUCCCUUGUUUAUUUUUAUAAGAGUAGCCCAUACUGAUAUUAGAGUUCCAGAUUUUGGUGUUUACAGAAAAGGUUCCGUUCGCUAUCCUGAUGUUAAAACUGAUAUAUCUGAAGAUUCCAGAAGAGGUGUUGUCAGUUUUGUAAUGCUGGCGGCGGGUAUCUUAGGGAUGUACGGUAUGAAAGCCGAACUUCAUAGGUAUGUCUUGUUUAUGGCUCCAUCUGCAGACGUUCUCGCUUUGGCAAAAAUAGAAGUCAAACUUAAUGAAAUACCUGAAGGAAAGUCAGUAACGAUUAAAUGGAGAGGAAAACCUUUAUUUGUAAGACAUCGUUCUCCAGAACAAAUAGAAUCUUCUGAAAAGGUGCCCCUUUCUUCCCUACGAGAUCCAGAGGAGGAUUCUAAGAGAUGUCCCAAUAAAAAGUACCUGGUUGUUAUUGGUGUUUGCACUCACCUGGGAUGCGUCCCUGUUACAGAUGCAGGUGACUAUGGGCCUGGAGGAUACUACUGUCCAUGUCAUGGGUCUCAUUUCGAUGCCUCUGGGCGUAUACGGAAAGGACCAGCACCAACAAAUUUAGAAAUACCAGAACAUACUUUUCUUGACGAGUCAACAUUAAUUGUUGGAUAAACUUGUUAAUAAUAAUUGAACAAAAGUCUGAUAGAUAGGAUUAAAAUUAUUGUAUUCAAUUUGUUUAAAUAAAGUUUAAAACCCGUUACUUUAAAUUUUUGACUACACCCUUGAACUGUGGUUAUUUGUAUAAUGCAACCAGUUAUACGCUAAAAUGCAUUACUUAUUGCCUAAAGUAUUUAUAAACUCUGUGUUGUGAUAAGAUAAGACCAUUCUUUGAUAAGACGAUCAAGAUCAAUGAAUAAGUUCGAAAUAAAAUUAGAAGGUGUUUGAAUUUACAAGUUAAUUUUAGCCAGUAUUUUAGCAGGUUUAGUUUAGAUUUGAAUUAUUUUAAAAGUAAAAGGCCGAUGUAGACAUCUUGAAGAAUGUGUCAAAAUUGUCAACGUGACACGUGCCCUGUCAAAUGUGACAGAUGACAAGAAAAGUGGGUCAGUAAAUAGGUUUUUAAAGAAUUUUUUAAACUUUUAUUAAACACAAAGUGACUAUUUAUCGUGGCGCGACAUACUACCAUGUGAUUUCUAUCAAUAACUUUAAAUUAAAUCUUAUUGUUUAACAAGUAUUCAACCUUCAGGACAGAGGAAGGUUAGCGUUUACCACGAUGGCUAAAGAGGAGGAAUACGAUAAGUUACCUGACAAAGACGCUGCUAAGGAAUUUUACGCUAAAUAUGAACCCAAAGAAAUUUUGGGAAGGGGUAUAUCUUCUACAGUUAGAAGAUGUAUAGAAAAGGAAACGGGUAAAGAAUAUGCUGCUAAAAUUAUUGAUUUAAGCACAACCGAUGGUUUGCAUGAUAUGUCAACUUUGGAGGCAACAAAACAGGAAGUGAAUAUUUUAAGGCAUGUGGCUGGACACCCUUAUAUCAUUGAACUUCAAGACGUCUUCGAAUCCUCAACGUUCAUCUUCUUGGUGUUUGAGCUCUGCAAACAUGGCGAGCUCUUCGACUACUUAACCUCUGUCGUGGCCCUAUCAGAAAAGAAAACCCGCUACAUCAUGAAGCAGAUAUUGGAAGGCGUUGAACACGUCCAUUCCAUGAAAAUCGUCCAUAGGGAUUUGAAACCGGAAAACAUAUUGCUGGACGAUAAUCUGAAUGUGAAAAUAACGGAUUUUGGUUUCGCUAAAGUCUUGGCAGAUGGCGAAUUAAUGCAAGAUUUAUGCGGUACCCCGGGCUAUUUGGCCCCCGAAACGUUGAGAUGUAAUAUGAUCGAAGGGUCGCCAGGAUAUUCAUUCGAAGUGGAUAUAUGGGCGUGUGGAGUUAUUAUGUACACCUUGAUGGUUGGUUGUCCUCCAUUUUGGCAUAGAAAGCAAAUGGUGAUGUUGAGGAAUAUUAUGGAAGGAAAAUAUUCGUUUUCGUCCCCUGAAUGGGCAGAUAUUUCUGACGCUCCAAAAGACUUAAUUAGAAAACUACUAGUUGUAGAUCCUAAGCAAAGAAUAAGCAUCAAAGACGCCUUGUCCCAUCCAUUUUUCCAGGCUGUGCUGUGGGAUGAGGACAUAACAUCAUUGAAACACUCUUUGAGAAAGAAUAGCAGACGGUUUAGUCGUAUUUCAGACUUGGCACUGAAACUUCAACAAACCAAAUUCAACGCGAGGCGUAAAUUCCAAUGGGUCAUAUUGGUAGUGAGAUCCACGAUUCGGAUACAGAGGCUUCGCUAUACACCCGAACCGCUCAGUCUAGAUGUCGCCAGGAACGAUCCUUAUCGUCUGAAGCUACUAAGAAAGGUUGUGGAUGGCUGUGCCUUCAGAGUGUAUGGACAUUGGGUGAAGAAAGGCGAAGGUCAAAAUCGUGCUGCCCUCUUUGAAAACACCCCUAAGACAGAGUUGAAGCAUAUAUAUGUGACGAACCUUAGUCGAUAAUAAUUUUAAAUUAGUUUUAAGUAGACAAUUUAAAGUGAGGUAAAUUGACAAAGGGAAUUACUUCCAUUUUUUUAUGUACCCAACGGCAAAAACUCUACUUAUAUAUAGUUGGGAUAUCGGCAAGGGAUACUAUCGAAACCUGCCUCAGUAAACGUGAUAUUUAGCAACGUUUUUACUGCCAGUUUUUGUAUGUAUAAAGUGAGGUUAAGUGUUAUCGUAAUAUUCAGAGGAGGAGCAGCCUGAAGAUAAUUUUUUGACCAGAUUGCUAGUCUAAUAAACUGUAGGUUAUGAUUUACCUUUUUAUUUCUAAGCCUGCUCCUUCUUCGUUUUUGCUUAUCCUGGUUUAAGAUUGUCCCUACUUAUUUUCCUUGGUCUAUCCGUACUUCUUGUUCUAAUGGAGCAUUUAUCUUACUAGUCUGUCACAUGUAAAAUAUAUCAUUUCUGUUUUUACGUCGUUACAGGAUUGGUUAGACUUAAGUUUCCACCUGCACUUUAUCAAAACAGUAUCCGUACUUCUUAGUCUAAUGGAGCGUUUGUCCUAUGUCACCUACCAAAGAGGUAAUUUCAAUGUUUUUUACGUCAUUACAGAAUGAUUGACUUAAGUUUCCACCUGCUCUUUAUCAAAGCAGUAUUUUUCCAAAUAGUUUAAUGUCUAUAGUCUUCAGUGGACUUUCUUGUUUCUAAAUUGUACCUACCUUUCACGACAGUUGGAAGUCCAAUCUGAGGUAUAAUUCGUUGGCACUGUGCUGCAAUUUGGAUAGUUAGAUGUCACACUGAAUAUCCUGGUUUAUCACAUUUAGAGUCUGUUUCACAUUGUAAAUAGGAAUGUACUAGCAUUGUCUGUAUAGUAGCAGUGGGAUAGGUCUUGAAUGUUCGUCUACUUUUAGUUUUAAACGAUAUUAAUCCGAUAAAUAGUAAUAAUCAAGGUACUGUUCUAGUGCAUAAGACCAUCCUCAAUUUUUUAAUCUUUGUUAACAUUAUAACAUGAAGCACAUGACAAAACUGUCACUUACGCAUGUUAAACUGUCACUGAAAUAAGGAAACGCAGCUUGACCAGUAUAGUAUAAAAUGAUGCCACUUUGUCUAUAGAGGUGCAGUGGUGCUUUUUAUUUACAAAGUACGACACUUUUGCAUGAUUGUGCACCCAGGUCACAGUUUAAAAUGUCUUUAACCACAAUAUGGGGUUUACGAAUUUUUCGUAUUGUACUUACGUUCGCCGCUAGGUGGCAUAACGGAUGAUUUGAAAAUUCCGUUCGCGGAAGAUGGAAGUAGUUUUUUAGCAAAAAAAGGUUAAAUGUGUAAAUGCACUGUAUAGCGUUUGCAAUUGUGAUAUUUGAAUUUUUUUCUUGUUCAAAAGGCUUUUAAUUUUUUAACAUAUGUACGGAAAUCGUGCAUUUAUCUCGACAAAAUCAUAUUUAUAAAUUAUAUAAUGAUAUAUAAGACUUUAAUGUUAUUUAUUGAUAUUUUUUAAAAAAUGUGUGCUUUUCUGUUUUUUAACCGUCAGAAUCGUAGAUUGAGGUUAUGUCGAGUUUCUUGUACGAUUAUAAUGACAAGUUUAACAGUUAUUGUGUCAAAAUGUAAGCUUGUCAUUGUAAGAAUGGCC